CACGACUCCCUGUCCCCGGGGAGGGACAUUGACCAGAGGCCCAGGAGUGGCUGGUCAAUGUCACCGCAGCCGACUAGCUCUGGCUGCCCGGCGGCGCGGGACGGCUUGACUUUGGACCGUCCACCGGGGCUCCCGCUCGGGUUUGGCUGGGCGAGCAACUCCUUUUCGCCUCUCUCUUUCUCCGCUCGGCUGUCAUUCAUCCAGCUCCUGCGGGCUCCAGCCAAUGGAGGAGCAGGGCCUAGUAGCGCCAGGCUCUUGGCCAGCAUGAUUGAUGCCCUUGCAGGGAGGCGAGAGAGGGAGCCCACGGGCGCGCACGUCCCCCCACCCCUCCCCCAGCCUCGCCUGCCGCCUCUUCCAGCCUCCCUUUUACCUCGGCGGGAGCAAGUGAAGCGAGACCAGAAAAGCGGAGCGUGUUUUGAAAAACUCUCCCGUUUGGAAUAGGGAGGAGGCAAAGGGAGAGGGGGGGGGGAAGCCACCCUCCUCGGGGUGGCUCUCGGCCCAGCAUGGAUCACUUAGGGGCGCACCACCUGCACCAGAGCCACGCCGAGCCCAUCAGCUUCGGAAUCGACCAGAUCCUCAACAACCCGGACCAAGGCAGCUGCAUGAUCUCCGGCGCCCGGCUGCAGGACACGGCGGACUACGGCCUGGGAGGAUGCGUGGUGAGCAGCGCCUACAACCCCAUGACCGGCCACUACGGCUCCGCCGCCGGCAGCGGGGUGUCCUCCACCUCGGCGGGGGCUUACAACAACGGGGGCGCGUGCAGCAUGGCCUCGCUGGCGGGCUCUUAUAACGUGAACCUGGGGGUCGGGGCCAUGAACGGGAAUAACCUCAACUCGGCUGGGGGCGUGAUCCGGGUGCCGGCGCACAGACCCCUCACCGGCGGCGUCCACCAGUCUCUCUCCACCGGCAUGCCCACCGUGCCCUCGGUGAACAACCUCACCGGGCUGACGUUCCCCUGGAUGGAGAGCAACAGGCGGUACACCAAGGACAGGUUCACAGUGGCCCUCUCACCGUUCACUGUAACACGCCGUAUAGGUCACCCCUACCAGAACCGGACGCCCCCCAAGAAGAAGAAGCCGCGCACCUCCUUCACCCGCCUGCAGAUCUGCGAGCUGGAGAAGCGCUUCCACCGCCAGAAGUACCUGGCCUCGGCCGAGCGCGCCGCCCUGGCCAAGGCCCUCAAGAUGACCGACGCCCAAGUCAAGACCUGGUUCCAGAACCGGCGGACCAAGUGGAGGAGACAAACUGCAGAGGAGCGGGAAGCAGAGCGACAGCAAGCCAACCGCAUUCUCAUGCAACUACAGCAAGAGGCCUUUCAGAAAACCAUCAACCAGCCCCUCCAAGCGGACCCCAUCUGUGUUCACAAUUCAUCCCUCUUUGCCCUUCAGAACCUUCAGCCGUGGUCAGAUGACACUUCUAAGAUCACCAGCGUCACUUCUGUAGCUUCUGCUUGUGAGUGAAACCCCAAAGUUGGCUGUGCCUGAACAGCCGUGUGACAGAGAGCUGGCCUGAUUCAACACCACUGAAAGAAGAUAUGAUUCCCAUGAAGGGAAUGAACCAGCAACCAGACAAAGCCUAGUGCUCUAUGCAUCGAAGAGUAGGCUCAGUACCCAUAGAGUGACCUGUGAGACUAUUUUAAUAAAAGUCAUUGCUUUUAUUCUGGUUAUUUUUUUCACCAUUCUAAGGCCAGACCAGGGACAAUAACGUAGGGUUCUAAAAGACUCUUUUAGGGAGAAAACAAUCUGACAUGGUAUUUUCCAGAUAGUUCCAUGAGACACUUUUCAUACCAUUGAGUUUACUGACAACAAAGAAAUUGUUCUAUCAUAUAUAUGUUUUUAGACUAAUCGUUUUUGAGCAAAACAACUAUUCCAAUGUGGAUGAAGUGUUGGAAGCGUCUGUGACAACUGAGGCAUUUUCAAUGGAGGCCUGUUGCCUCAAAAGACAUGUAGAUUCUCCAAACAAUCAAGAACUCAUCACUUAUUUUUAAUUUUGGGCAUUUUUUCCAUGUUGAAGGAAUGAAACAGGAGAUAUAGUUGAAUGUAAACACUGCCUUGCAAGCCAUUGUGUGAAGGUUGUGCAGAGUUUCCCUAGCUACCACAUCAAACAACUUGUGUUUUAAUAACUCUGAGGUAUCCGUGGCAUUUUUGCAGGGGUAAUGCAGUUUCACUUGAUGGAUUAUUUUGGUAUCAUUUGUGAUAUUGUUCAAUAUUUUAUUUACUUUUGCUCAAGAAGUCAGCGUUGUACAGGAAGAAAAACACUUUCUAUUUCCUGACCAGCAACUCCACAAUUUUCUUUUUAUUGUGUUGAGGAAAAGCUUGUGAUUAAUUUAAGCACUUCUUAUAGCAAACUCAAAAUAUAUAUAUAAAGAUAUCUAGUAUAUAGUUUUCAGUUACUUUUUACCUAAGCAUCACUGCCAUUUAAAAUCUAAUGGAACCCACAGACAACCAGACAAUUUAUCUGAAAAGAAUAUUUUCAGUUAGUUUUUGAAUGCAUUCUUCAAUUCAUUUUUAAGUUAUGCACUUAUCAGAUGGUUUCUUUUUUUUGUGUACUCAUUUUAUAAAGUGUUUGUGUAAUUUAUGUGGAAAAUUGAAUAAAAUGGAGAAAGAAAAAAGCCCUGGGUAAUGGAAAGGUUAAAGUAUUUUCCACUUGUGGGUUGGUACUCAGAAAUCAUAAACAAAUUGCCUGGAAGAUUGCUUUGUGGUACAAUUUGUGAAAGAAAUGUUGUAACAUUACCAGUAUAAAGGGAUAUAUAGGAAGGGCGUGCAAUGGAAAAUUAUCGUUUUAAUUCUGCAUCAUAAUUGAGAAAAGGAAAGGAAUCAGUUUUAAGGAUUCUCAGGAACUAUAUUGUAUCACAAAGACCUGGCACUUUGGUUGUCAUUAAGAUUGGAUGCCUGCACCUUCCCAUUUUCAGCUCAAAGAAAACAAAUGUUCCUGAGCAGUCACUUUCCACUAAAUGGAAUCAAAAUGUCAGGACACCUAGUAUAUACUCUCUUAUAGUGAAUCCUCAAGUUUCAAGAGAAUUAGACAUAGGGUCCUUGAAUAAGAUGCCCCUAGCCAUCCUCUCUGCAUAACGUUUAAAGGGGCAUAAAUGACCAUCAGUUUUCAGGAGCAGCUUUUUAAACAAACCAGAAUUAGUAACUAGGAGUAAAAAUAGCCCUUCCAGAAUGUCUGUGUAGAGAGGCACCCGUCUGCAUCUCAGAUCAGAGGAAGGGAAGCCUACCUCUCUAAACCUAAGCAAUGAAAAAAUUCACCAUAUUACCCUAAAUCACUAAUUAAUCUGCAAAAAAAAUGGAAAACCAGGUAACCCACUCACUGAAGGCAACUAGAAAAGCCAACUAAGAAAAAAACUCCACAAAUAUCCCAAGCCUAGCUCAGCUAGAUUUUUUUUUAACAUUUCUAGAAGUUUUUGCCUUUUGCUUAAUUUUUCACCAUUGUACUUUUACAUAAUUUUUGGUAAUAA